AUGAAUCGAUCUUACAGUGUACCAAACCAUCCAACACAAUAUCCACUUCAAGAUUUGCUUCGAAUACUAGCUUUUCAGGAUAAUGAGGAGGCCACAGAAUUUUGUGAGGAACAUGGAUUGGCUGUCAGCAAUGGAUGUGUUCAGUUUGAUAGGUCUACAUUUAUCCAUCCUGAGAUUUCAAUCACAGCCAAAAGGUCACUUUUUAUUAUAGAAAGUAAAAAUACAUCCUGCAUUGGUGAGGUAGUAAAUGGUGGACCACUAUCUGAUUAUGAAUUACAUAGACCAGUGUCUAGCUUUGAUUCUAAUGAUAGAUAUAUUGGUGAUAAUACUACGUCUAAAGUUUCAGACAUUGUUUCACAAGAGAAGACAGCAAUUGAUGUUAAACCACAGCCAAGUUCACCAGUGUACAUACCUCCUGUACCUCCUGUACCAGUAAUGGUACCACCUACUCUAGAUAUGAUAUGCUCAGAUGAGGUUAUCAAGAAUAUUGCCAGAGAACUGUUCUUAGAUGUAAUCAAUGAAAGCGCUUUGCAAAUCAGCCAAGCAUAUGUCUCUAGUGUUCAUUUAUUUAUAAAUGUGUCCAAUAUUGCCAUGGAAACCAUUUUAGAGGAAGUUAGCUAUGAUAUGACCAAAGAUAUGAUAGUAGAUGCGAUAAGGGUUGAAGAACUGCAAGAGGAACAAAAAAGGAUAACUGCUGCUGAAUAUGAAAGAAGUAAAAAUGAUUCAAUUCAAGACAUAUUUCACGAAAUGAUAGACGAAACAGUACACGACCAGUGUCGGGACUUAAGUCUUAGGCAAAUGAGAGAUGUUAAAGAAUCCUUGAAGAAUGAAAGCAUAGAAAGAGUUGGUACUUCUCUUAUUGUGGAUCUUGUUGAUGAUUGUGUAAGCAAAGAAUGUCAAGCUAUCAGUCAUAAAACACUUCAAGAAGAAGAAACUCUCCGAGAUCUGAAACUCUCUAGUAUUUCAGACACUGUGCAGAGAAGGAUUCGAGGAAGAUUCUUUAAAAGCAUUGCAAAUGACUGGCUUGAAAUAUCAGACAGGAUUCUGCUGCAUCGCAAUAAGAUUGAAGUUUUAAAAGAAGCCGUCUGGAAAGCAAUGGAUCUACCACAGCUCAUAUUGAAGGCUUUGGACAAGCAUAAGAAGAAUGACUGUUUUUGGAAGCUUGUUUUGUCACUGCCAGAGGAUGAUUACGGUUGCCAUGACAAUAAGUUAUUGAUUGAGUGGAUGGAGGCUAAGCUAUCCCGUGGCAAAUUGAAGGAAGAAGUGCAUGAUAAGGUCAAAACACUAAGUUUAUAUACCAGUGUUAAUAAUGUCAACCAUAUGGAAAAGAUCAGUGUGAGUGUGUGUACCAAGGCAAUCAAGGGUGACCUAUCUGUCACUGGUAGUGUACAUGUACUUGGUACAUCUGGGAUUAUAUUCACAUUACCAAAGUUGCCGGAGGAAAAGAAUCUACAGUUGGAUUAUUGGUUAUUAUGUAAAUCUAGAUUAGAAAGUCUACUGAAGAAUAAACCCUGGAUUCCAUCCGUCCCAGUUGUUAUUGUUUUACUGGAUUGGACAUCUACCUACAAUAUACAGUACCAGUGUGUUGAAGAGUUACACUUGAAUGAACUCAAGGAAUCUGGUUUGCUGUCUGUUUAUAGUAUUGUUAAUUUGUCAUCAGAUAUAAUGGACAUGGAUAAUGUACAACAGUUUUCAGAUUGUCUACAGUGGUUAGCCACCUCCCGACCUCUAGUACCAAAGUUAACUGCCAACACAUUACAAGAUUACUUAGAGUGUGGUGUGGUGGAGUAUUUUAUUACUCCAUUGUUACAAGACACUGUUAACUAUCCAUGUGAAAUUACACAGGAUCCCAAUAGAUAUGCUUCCUUAUAUAAUAGUGUAUUAGAGCAUUUAUUGCAGAGAAUAACUAGUGAUGAAUUAUGUAAUAUCUCAUGGCCUAUACCAGAAUUUACAGCAGUUCAUACUGAACCAGAUUUACCUACUGUUAGCUGGAAUUCUGAUAAAAAUCAUCAAAAAUUUAAAUCAGUUAUCAGUUCCUGCCAGUUGCCAUGGAUACCAACAUUGCCAAAGACAGAUUCCUGGAAUGAUGUUUUCACCAUAGUUUUACGCUAUAUUGAUAAUCUACCUAAACGCCCAGGACAGGAUAAGACUGCACUUUAUUCAAGGGUAAAAUGGUUGCUAAGGAGAUCAUUUGAAGAUUAUAAAUAUUCAGAUUACUUAGACUCCUCUUUUGAUCAGUCUCUAUGGAAACAUGUUCCGUUUAAUCUAAUAAUUGAAUCAUGUGUUGCUUACAUGAUACAAAGUGUGAAAUAUGCAGACAUUAUAUGGGUGUAUUAUGAAGAUAAAAGUGAUAGAUAUCGUCCUCCUGUCUUGUCAACUGUAAAUGUCGCUCCAUGUGCUGAUGUUAGUGAUGCAGAGGAAGAGGAGGAUAGUGCAGUACUGACACAGAGCAGUAAUAUAAAGAUAUGUAAUCCUAAACUUGAACAAACUAUUCAAAAUGUUAAUGAUCUUGAACAGUUAAUGAUACAAGAAAAAAGACACAGUGACAGUUAUGACAGUCAGUUACAGAAAUGGUUAAAUGAGCCACAUACAGAUGUUAGGUUUCAGGAACUGUUGCCAAGUGGCAGACGUGAGAGUUACCAAAGUUUAUCUGAAAAGAUAGAAGAACUUGAAGAAAAAGUGAACAUGAGUAGAAGAGCUGAAAGGUUAUCAGAAAUCACUUUGAAUUCAUGGUUGCAAUAUUGAACAUGGUCAUACACAGUUACCGGUGAAUUUCUGUCAAUUUAGGGGGUACAGAUUUGUUCAAUAUUGUGUAACUAGGGGUGCUAAUCUCUUGUAUAUGAUUCAUAAUUAAUUUCUAAGUACACUGCUGCCUCUCAAUACAAAAUUAUCUAGCAUCUUAAAGGUGCUUUCACCUAAGGCUAUUUAUCAACACUCGCCUAAGGAGUGUGAGAUACACUGACGUAAGUCUUAAAUAAGGACUACUGCCAUAUUUUUAUUGUUUUUAAUAAUCAUGAAAUGAUUAAUUAGUAUUCAUACAUUAUAAAUUUGUACAUAUUGUUUUUGU